AUGCCAAACACUAAAUCCAAGCUUUCAUUAGCUAUACAACAGGCAGAUUCUGAAUCACAGCAACAUCAACAACAACACCAACAUCAGCAUCAUUCAAAACUUAACAGUUACAAUCAUCUCCAUCAAGAUCUUCCACAACAACAACAACAACAACAGCAAAAAUCUAAAAAAACACAAACAAAAUCUAACAAUAAUUUUAAUCAAUCUACCCCUAUAACACCUAUAAAGAAUGCAUCCACUGUAUCGUCGCAUGAUAUAAAUCAAUAUCCUUCAUCUAAAAGUUUUAAUGAAAAUUUUAAACCAUCACCACUGUUAUUACCAAAUUUAAUACAGCAUAGUACUCCAUAUGUAUCAACUACACCAUCAUCAGCAAAACAUUUUAAACCGGAAUUAACUGUUUUAACAACUCCCAUAACUGAAAAGAAUUUAGAAGAUAUUUAUCACAAUUAUGAUAACGAUGAUUAUGAACAAGACUUUGAAUUGAAGGUAAAUCAUAAACAUAAUUUUAAAAAUAUAAACAAAUCCCAAACAGGAAAUGGAGAACCAUCAACUUUGUUAGGUAAAGAACAAGAACAUUUGGUAGAGGAUAUCAAAAAUAGAAUGAAUCCCAGCAAUAACAGCGAUGAAGAAGAUCAAGCCGAUUAUGACGACAAGGAAGACGAUGACAUCUCCGAUGAAGAACCGGUUAAUCCUGCAGAUGAAGAAGAUUUGAAAGAUUAUGUCCCCGGUGGUUAUCAUCCAUGUUAUAUUGGUGAAGAAUAUAAAAAUGGGAAAUACACACUAGUCAGGAAACUUGGUUGGGGUCAUUUUUCUACCGUGUGGCUAGCUCGUGAUAAUGAUAAACAUUGUCACGUAGCAAUGAAAGUGGUUCGUUCUGCUAAACAUUAUACUGAGACUGCCAUUGAUGAAAUAAAAUUAUUGGAUAAAGUCACCACUAGUGAUAUUCAUCAUCCAGGUCAUCAACAUGUCAUACAAUUAUUAGAUACUUUCACUCAUAAAGGACCUAAUGGGGUUCAUGUAGUGAUGGUUUUUGAAGUAUUAGGGGAGAAUUUAUUAGGAUUAAUUAGACGUUAUAAACAUCGUGGGAUCCCCGUAGUAUUUGUCAAACAAAUUGCUAAACAAUUAUUGUCGGCAUUGGAUUUUUUACAUCGACAAUGUGGAGUUAUUCAUACCGAUUUAAAACCAGAAAAUAUUUUAAUUGAAAUUGGUGACGUUGAACAAAUUGUUAAAUUAGUUGAAGAAGAAAAUUUACAACGUAAAUUACAAAGAAAAUUAUCAAGAACAGCUUCCAAAACAUCAACACCAAUUAGUGCUACCCCUAAUAGUUCAUUUUCAAAUCAUGCCAACACAACCACCACAACCACAACUACUACUGCCAAGAAAAUAUCCAUUAACGACUCUAUUAUUUCACCUAACACUUCUAGUACAGCAUUAACAAGUAGUAAUUCAUUUAUCAACCAUUCCCCUUCAUUAGGUAGAAGUGGAAGAAGAACUAGACGAACAACAUUAAUCACUGGAUCACAACCAUUACCAUCGCCAUUAAGAAGUUUCAAUAAAUCAUUUACCAAUGUUUAUGGAUUAUCAUCAUCUACUACUAAUACUCCAGUUCGUAACAUUUCCAUUAAUAGCAACAACUUUAGUUUUAUUAACAACAGUAACACUACUGCCAAUACCACCACUAAUGGGUUGGCUACUACUACUGAAGAUCAUGAGGAAGACGGUGAAAACCAAACAUUAAACAAUUCUUUAUCUUCAAUGUCAAUUACCAAUUCCCAUUCCAACUCCAAUAGUUAUCAACCAACUGCUACAACCAAUGUUGAUCCAGUACAAAUUCCACAAGAAUCAAAUUAUUCAUUGGAUGAUUCAUCAGCUAAUGUUGUUGAAGAUAUAAUCAAUGAUAAUGAAUUAAUAUCUGUUAAAAUUGCUGAUUUGGGUAAUGCAUGUUGGACAAAUCAUCAUUUUACUGAUGAAAUCCAAACAAGACAAUAUCGAGCCCCCGAAAUUUUAAUUGGUUAUUAUUGGGGUGCCCUGAGUGAUUUAUGGUCAUUUGCCUGUUUAAUAUUUGAAUUAUUAACUGGUGAUUAUCUAUUUGAUCCUAGAGAUGGUAAAUCAUAUAAAAAAGAUGAUGAUCAUAUUGCCCAAAUUAUUGAAUUGAUUGGACCAUUUCCUAAUCAAAUGUUAAAAGAAAGUUAUUAUGCUCGAGAAUUUUUCAAUUCAAGGUAUGAAUUAAGAAGAAUCAUGAAAUUAAAACCUUGGGGGUUACAAGAUGUAUUAAUUGAAAAAUAUAAAUUCCCUUUGAAUGAUGCUAUUGAAAUUAGUGAAUUUUUAUUGCCAAUGUUGAAAUUAAAACCAGAAGAAAGAGCUGAUGCUGGAGGAAUGUUGAAUCAUCCUUGGUUAAGAGAUGCUUUAGGUUUAGAAAAUGUGGUUUUGGAACGACCAGUUGGUGGUUCAGGUGAAGAUAUUCCUGGUUGGUCAAGAGAAAUUUCUACUACUACCCAACAAUCAAUGUCUUCUAACAAUCAUAAUCAUAAUAAUACUCAUAAUAAUAACUAUAAUCAUCAAUCAGAUCAGGAAUUACAACUGCAACAAUCACGCAAAUAUUCCAAUGCAAGUAGUUUUGGUCAUAAAAGCCAACCUUUCUAUCAUUAG